AUGCCCCCCACCGGCGAACAAAACCUCUCCACCCUCCUCGCAACAAUGCAACCCACCCUAGACCCAAAAACAUACGUCUUCAUCACCACCACCCAAGCCCUCCACACUCUCCCACUCGCGACUCUCCAGCCUGUCCUGCUCGCGCACGAAGUCGAGGGAACCACGAUCGUGACGACGCAGGACCUCGCCGCCUCGCAUGGCUUCGAGGGCGUGUUCCCGUGCAAGAGGAUCUCGUUGACAAUACAUUCGAGCCUGGAAGCUGUGGGGUUGAUUGCGGCGAUCACGGAUCGGUUGAAGGAUCGUCGGAUUAGUACUAAUGUUGUGAGUGGGUAUUUCCAUGAUCAUGUUUAUGUGCCGAGGGAGCGGGCGGAUGAUGCGAUGGUUGUCUUGGACGGGUUGAUUGGGGAGGCGAGGGCUGGAGCCGCGGGGCGGAUGUGA